AUGCUCCAAUUUGCGUGGACGUCGACGGGUGUCCUUAUCUACUGCGUCACGGGCAGCGCGCCGCUGCCAACGUACUUUUUGCUCUUGAUGGGUCUUGUCGGGUCGCUCUCGACCUUGGCCAUGCUUGUGCCGUUGGCGGCCGCCCUCGACAUUCAGCGCAAGCACGGCACCAUGCUGCGAACGCACCUGCUCGAGCUCGAAUUUGCCCGCCGCGACGCUGUCUUGAGCGGGACGGACGCCGGGUUUGACGAUCGCAUUGCGCGGUUUGAAACCAUCAUUGAUGCGGUCGACAACCACGACGCGCGCAUGACGUUUCUUUGGAUGGAAAUUUCGCUAGCACGCCUCGCAACCGUCGGUGCGACCUUGGCGUCGCUCGUGUCGUACAUUGCUUUUCACGCUGUCCCGUUUACGUGGGCAGGCCUCAACGGCUACAACGUGGUGCAGAAUCAAAUGUGGGCAAGUUCGCUCGACCCGAGGAGCAACACACCCGAGGCCGUGCACGGAGUGAUUUUCAACUAG